AUGUCCAAAGCAAACCAACAAAAACACCCACUUACUUUACAGACUUCACCUCCUGAUAAAAUAGAUCCAUCUCCCAAGACUGUUAACAAGCUGACUGAUCAACCAGAUCCAAGAACAACCACCAAUCAAAAACAUCAACCAAAUAAAACUCCUAACCAAUCAGAACCCAGCUGCCAUACAGAAAAUGGCCAACCAGAAAUGCCAAAUAUAACAACCAAUCAAUUACAUCCAUUAGAACAAGAUCUACAUAAAGAUAAUCAAUCAAU